UGCUCUUCAAUAGAGGACAGUAUUCCAAUUGCUCUUUGCCAGAUUGCUGUCUGGCUCCCAGCUAUUUCUGCCUGCCUUCUACCUGUUUCCUCCUCUGAUUACCUGUUGCUGAUGUCCAGACUGCCUGCUGGUUUUUGGAGUUGUUUGUCUGAUCGCGCCUGCCUGCCUGUGACCAACUGUCAUUUCCAUUACUGCUGACUUAUCAACAGGCGAUACAGUGAAGGACUUGGGAUACAAUGGCCUCUGAUUUGUCACCCGGGACUAGCAAAAAUGAACAGGAGUGCUCCCUUUACACCCCUUUCAUCGGGCCUCAGUUUCAAGCGGUGGACAGAUGCGAGAUGUUGACCAUCUUAAAGGGAGAGGAAGAAGAGAACAUGAAAGCCGAAAUCCAAAGUUUCACUCUCAACCCCGAUGGUGUUGAAGCUGCCAGGAACAUUAGCAACAACGCCGACCCCAGUACAGAGUGGCAGAGGUGCGUGCAGCUGAAGGAGCUAAUGAAGGACCAGAAGCAGCAGACCUACUGGCAGGAGACGGGCCGAUGGGGGGGCUACGAGGAGAGCUUCGACCCUCAGGCCGGGGUGUGGGCAUCCUCGCACAUCUCCUACCUCACCUUCAAGAGCCUCAUCCAGCUCCGACGCACCAUGAACACAGGUGUGACAAUUUUCGACUGUGAAGAGCGAACCCUGGUCAGCAUCACCGAGAAGAUUGUCAACGAGAUGGUCAACAAGAAGGAGAUCAGACCUGGAGACCGGGAAGGAGUGCUGAGAUCUCUGCUUCAAAACCGCAGCCAAUCAGAUGACCCAGAGAGCCAAGUCCUGACUGAUGGGGUGGACCUGCAGAAAUUUUCAGUCAAGGAAAGGAGUGACGAAUCUUACCGCGUUGAGGCCUCCAUGGUGCUAGUAGGAGCUUUGGACUUUCUGGAAAGGCCCACUGUUGUGUUUGUGCGUCUGAAGGAAGCGGUGGUGCUCGACUCUGCCUUGGAGGCCCCAGUGCCCGUACGCUUCAUCUUUGUUCUGGUUGGCCCCAGCAAGACUGACAUGGACUACCACGAGACUGGCCGUGCUAUGGCUGCACUAAUGGCUGAUAAAGUGUUCAAUCAGGCAGCGUUUCAGACAAAGAGCUCCCGUGAGCUGACGGACGCCUUGGCCGACUUCAUGGACUGCAGCAUUGUCAUCCCACCCACCGAGAUCCAGAACGAAGCGAUGCUCAGCUCGAUCAUCAGCUUUCAGAAGAAACUGCUGGAGGACAGGUUCCAGUCCUCUGAUCCCACGCUCUGCCUGGAUUCCAAGCCUCGCAGGGUUUCCAUCUCUACCGGGCCUCCACCUGAAGAUCCCCUGUCCCGUACUGGUCGACCAUUUGGCGGGAUGAUUCGAGACAUAAAGAGACGCUACCAGUACUACAAGAGUGACAUCACAGAUGCUCUUAACACCCAGGUCCUUGCUGCCGUCAUCUUCAUCUACUUUGCUGCCCUGUCUCCUGCCAUCACCUUUGGAGGACUGCUGGCUGAUAAGGUGGAAAACAUGAUGGGCGUUCCAGAGCUCCUCAUCUCAACCAGCAUUCAGGGGAUCAUCUUCUGCUUCGUUGCUGCUCAGCCCAUCCUGGUCAUUGGUUUCUCCGGUCCUCUGUUAGUGUUUGAGGAGGCCUUCUUUGCUUUCUGCAAGUCCCAGGGCAUUGAGUAUAUCGUGGGGAGAGUUUGGGUUGGGGUGUGGCUGGUCAUCAUCGUGGUGAUCAUCGUGGCCUUUGAGGGCAGCUUCCUGGUGCGUUUCAUCUCACGCUUCACCCAGGAAAUCUUCUCUAUCCUCAUCUCCCUCAUCUUCAUCUAUGAAACCUUUGCCAAGCUAGGGAGGAUCUUUAAGACCCACCCGCUGAUUCUGAAUUAUGAUCAUCUGAAUGCAUCUCUAGAAAAUCCCUGGCAUCCAAAGAUGGAAGAGGUGGUCAUCUAUGACAAUGCUACCGGCAACACGACUGUUAUUGUCAACACUAUUAAGCCAUCUUACCCCAAUACAGCCCUGCUCUCCAUGUGCCUCAUGUUCGGCUGCUUCUUUAUCGCUUUCUUCCUGCGGCAGUUCAAGAACGGCACUUUUCUUCCUGGAAAGGUCAGACGUUUGCUUGGUGACUUUGGUGUGCCUAUUUCCAUUUUCCUCAUGGUUGUUGUGGACUACAACAUUGAUGAUACCUACACUCAGAAACUAGUGGUUCCCAAAGGUCUGAUGGUGUCCAACCCAGACAAAAGGGGCUGGAUUAUCAACCCCUUCGGAGAACACAAGCCAUUCCCUGUGUGGGUGAUGUUUGCAUGCUGUGUCCCGGCCAUUCUCGUAUUCAUUCUGAUCUUUCUGGAGUCUCAGAUCACAACUCUGAUUGUGAGUAAACCUGAGAGGAAGAUGGUCAAAGGCUCUGGGUUCCACUUUGACUUGCUGGUUUUAGUUGGCAUGGGAGGGCUCAGUGCAAUAUUUGGUGUGCCAUGGCUCAGCGCCGCCACGGUGCGAUCUGUCACCCAUGCCAAUGCCCUCACCGUCAUGAGCAAAGGACCCAAACCUGUGAUUGAGAAGGUGAUGGAGCAGAGGGUCAGUGGCAUUCUGGUGGCAUUGCUUGUUGGUCUGUCAAUUCUGAUGGAGCCGAUCCUAAAGAUGAUUCCCAUGUCGGCUUUGUUCGGGAUCUUUCUCUACAUGGGAGUUACGUCGCUCAAUGGCAUCCAGCUGUGGGAUCGCUUGCUGCUUCUGCUAAUCCCUAAGAAAUACCACCCUGAUGAACCCUAUGUCAACAGAGUGAGCACAGGACGAAUGCACUUGUUCACGGCCAUCCAGCUAGUGUGCCUUGCAGUUUUGUGGCUUGUUAAGUCCAGUCCAGUAUCCCUCGCACUUCCCUUCAUACUCAUCCUCACCAUCCCUCUACGCAUGUUUAUGACCGGGCGUCUCUUCACCCAACUGGAAAUGAAAUGUUUGGAUGCUGACGACGCCAAAGUGACAUUCGAGGAGGAGCCGGGGCAGGAUGUAUACUGUGAAUCUCAGAUGCCAUUGUAGAUGUCUUCCAUGACAGCUGCCAGCAACCCUUUAUUUUAACAAAAAGAUGUUUAUUUAUAUGUGGCUCUAAUGAAUGUUUCAUCUACCUAUGAGCACAAACAUGUUUUGAGUGUUUUUUCAUGAAAAAUGCAGAUAUAGAUUAUAUCUUUAUAGUAAAAACUGUCUUGGUCAAACAUUCCUGAAGAGUUUUCAAUAGUCAUGUUGUUUUGUUUCUAACAGUUUGUGCCUUACACGCGACUGAAUCUGGAAAUAUUCAUAUAAUAUUGACAUGUUUUUACAAAAAAGAAAGACAUAAAAAAAUGCAAAGGCUUUUAAAGGCAUUUAGAAGGGGCACUCAUACAUGAAAUAAAAAAGCUUCAUUCAUGCCAGCACACACAGCAAAGUAUUGUGUUGAAUGUAACUUAUUAUUGUAUUCACUUGCUUGAUGUGAGUAAAACUCUGAAUUAAGUAGUACAUGAUUUAUAAGGCAGUGAUGCAAGCAAAGUGUAGAUAUUUUAGCAAGAAUAAUCAAACGUAACACUGGAGAGCAAGGACAACACCACUGUAUGGCGUAAUAAUACAGGGGGAGAGAAAGUGUUUUUUGUGUGUGUUGUUAAAAUGUAUACUGUGUGUUAUGUCGUUAUCUACUUGUCAUCUCUCUAUAAGUAAUAAAAACUACCUCCCAAAAGACCAA